ACUCCCUGUGGGUUGCCGGGCAGACUCUGGCCCUGGUAGGGAGGGGGAGCCAAGGCAAACUCAGAAUGCCUCUCCCUGAGUUGCCAACAGACAAGGCCCCGGGAAUCCAAGCAAUCUCCUUGGGGGUUACAUGUAUAAAAGGGCUAUUAUUGAAUGUAUUGCAUAUGUUGUCAGGUUGCAUUAUGUCUUCAAAAGUAGCAGUCUUGUAAUAAUGCAAUAUGAGCACACAUGCUUAUCUUUUAAAAUAUUUCUUAUCAUAUCCUAGAUUUGUUGGGAUCUGGCUGAGAACACAUCUUUCUUCCUGUUUCAUGUAUAGGGAAUUGUUGGGAAACUGUUUAGCUCAAACCUCAUUAUUAACCUCUGUCUUGGAAACUGGAAUUCAUUUCCUUUUUCUCUUGGGGUUAUCUUGCUGCAGAUCAUUUCCUUCAUUUUGAAUCACAGGGACAAUUGAUAGUUUUGAGGAACACAAUCACAGAUUAAAAGCAAGAUACUCAUCUGAAAUAAGCUUGCUUACUACAUGAACUGGCCCUAAGUCUUUACUUGGGUUUUGAUCAACUAGAACGCAUGGAGAAAUUAUUAUACAGCUCUCCUCCCUUGCUAAAGAAGGAAAUAUAUCGUCCUGGUGGAAUACCAUUAUCUAAACUUUUUUCAUUCUCUUUGUUUUCACAGAGUAUGCCUUCUCCUGAGAUUAGAGCAUAAUGAGAAGAAGGAAAUCUGUAUAUCUGUAUUAGCACAGCACUCAGUAGUGAAUAAGUAGGGUUAUAUAGUUCAAAUCUGUUAUGGCACAUAUACUAUAAUCUUAGAUACAUAUGUUCUUUUCUUUUAUUACCAAUAACAUUAAAGACAUAUUAUGUCUGAGCUGACUCUUUCCUGGCAUAUAGAAUAAUGAUGACCACAAAACGACUAAUUGAAUUUUUCAGAUGCUUUUCUUGACCUGAUUGUGAACUGUUUGGGCUCUGAUAUAAGGAAGACGUGGGGCAUCCUCCGGAAACAGUCCUGCAGAUACACGGGACAAGUAUUUUAGAUUUCCCUGUGGAGUAAUAGUCAGCAUGCUGUUAGUCUAUCACAUGUUGGCUGCAGCAUUGUUUCAGAUCUUCAGCAUCUCAGGAAAUUGGGUUCUAGCCAAGAACAUCAACUUCUAUAAUGUGAGGCUUCCACUAGACCCCACUCCAUUUCCAAACAGCUUUAAGUGUUUCACCUGUGCAAAUGCAGUCGACAAUUACAACUGUAACAGAUGGGCUGAAGAUAAAUGGUGUCCUGAAAAUACAAAGUACUGUUUGACAGUUCAUCAUUUCAAAAGCCGUGGAAGGAGUACCUCAGUCACCAAAAAAUGCGCUACCAGGAAUGAAUGUCGAUUGGUUGGCUGUCGCCCCCACAGAGACACAGGCCAUACAGAAUGUGUUUCUUGCUGUGAAGGGAUGAUCUGCAAUGUAGAAAUACCGACCAAUCACACAAAUGCAGUGUUUGCUGUAAAACAUGGUCAGCGGACAUCAGGUGGCAGCAGUAAGACAAUUAGCAUUCCAUUGCUUGCAUCACUCCUCAUAAUCACAUUGUUAUGAUGCAGUUUUCCACAUGCCAGUGUGAUUCAGGGGGAUCAACUUUCUGAGCUCUAACAUGAAGCAGAAAGAAGAAUGUUUCAAUUUGAAAAAUGUUUCUGGCUCUCUUCAAAUUAUAGAAGAUGGUUAGGAAAACAUGAACGUCAACAAACUUCAUGAUGUGCAUCAUUUAUUGAAAAUUCUUGCAAACAGCCUGCAGUAUUUAAAAGAAAAAAACUGGUGACCAGAUUCUAUAGUAGACUCAACCAGUUAUCUGAAUUCUUCAUUGGAUGUGGAAGCAUGUGUAUAUUCUGCCCAUUACUUGAACAAGGAAAUUGGUUGUCCAUAGAGAUAAAGGGAUACUUCUAGAUACAAAAGCUGUGCCAAACUUGUCUCAAGAGAAGCCACUUGUUUCAUAACUGAGUAUUAACUUGUAGUGUUGACUUGCCUGCCUUAUUGAUGAGAGAGUAUUUUGUUUAAGCUCAUCUUUAAGCAUCAUGUUCACAGAGAAACAUACAUUUUCCAACAAAGUAUCUAAGAAAUAGAGAAAAAUGCUUUUUUGAAUUUAGUUUUCAUCAGAACUGCCAUUUCCUAUGGAAAAACUGAAAAAUAUUUUAAUUUUUUCUCUCUCUUUCCUGCUACAACCUUGUAUCACGUAGUCCAAUUAUAAAAUGGUGUGAAUUCAUGAAAAAGUUAAAAUCCUAACAAAAGAUAAACAGGCUCCUAUAAAUUUCUGUUUAGGAAUAUAACUAAAAGAAUUCUGAUUUUUCAAGAACACCGAAUACCUGUAUUUUUGUUGUCUUUCAUAGGAUUUGUUAGGAGACUAGUGUUAGGCACUCAGCUUUGAAAAGUAUGGCUUAAGUUUCUAAAAUUAAUGUUGCUAGUUUUUCCCUUUGUUUUCAUAGCUACAGUAGAUUUUUUAUAAAAGUCUGCUUUAUUUCAUAUUUUGAUUUUAUAUUACAUAGCUGACCAUUUGGAAACAUUAGAAAUGGUAGAAUUUAGGUUACCAUUGCAUAUUACAAAAAAACUUUGUUUUCCAUUGUAGGCCUUGCAAUAAACUGUGUGGCUACAUCUACACUGGCAUGAUUUUCCGGAAAUGCUUUUAACGGAA